UCCUUGGUUCUAUUCCCAUGCCCAUUUGUCUCUCCCUUGUGUUUACACCCUUCCUUUCCCUCUUUCCCGCAGGGGUUGGGAAGCAGCCCAGAGACCCCAGCCACCAUGAGGGGGCAGCGCAGGCUGGCGGGGGAGCCCCUGGAGAUCCAGGUGGUGAGGGUGAAGGAGGAAGAGGAGGAGGAAGGAGGUGGGUGCCCCGAGUACGUGUUGGAGCCGCUGUGCCAGGAGGGGGCCAGUGGCCUCAGCACCUGCUGCCAUGCCCGCCUGGGGCCACGCCCGGUCCUUGCCCAGCCCUCCCUGCCGGCAGCGCCCCCGCAGCCCCGCGCCGGGCGGGACACCGCCCCCCCGGCUAAGCCCUACGCCUGCUCUUUCUGCCCCAAGCGCUUCAAGCGCUCCUCGGACCGGCGGGACCACGAGCGGGUGCACACGGGCGAGCGCCCCUACCGCUGCCGGGUGUGCGGCAAGCGCUUCACCCAGUCCUCGGUGCUGACCGGCCACAUGCGCAUCCACACGGGCGAGCGCCCCUUCCGCUGCCCCGUCUGCGCCAAGAGCUUCAACAACGCCUCCAACUUCAAGAAGCACCAGCGCACCCACGCCCAGCCCCUGGGCAGCGAAGUCGGCUGCCCCCCCGCCCCCCUGAGCCAGCGGGACACUGGUGGGUGUGCCAAGGACCUGGCGCGAGACGGCGGCGGUGACACCAAGGGGCUGGCGCUAACAUGGGUGUCCCUUGGGUCCUCUGCCGAGGGCCCCAGGCCUGACUUCCCGGCUAACGGUGCCUGCCCGGCGGCGGUGGGGCUGGCGGAAAGCCGGUGCCCCGGGGCAUGGCGGUGUCUGGCAGUGGAGCGAGACGCAGAGCAGGGCUCCCCUGUCCCUGGCACGGGUGCCCGGCUGUCCCCUGGCGACUCGGGCUGCGGGGAAGCUGGCGACGGAGGAAGAGCGGCUGAGGAAGAGGAGGGUGGUCGUGCUCGCUGCUUCUUGCUGGAAAAGCUGGACCGGGCGCCCCAAUUGUGCCCGAGCCCUGAUGCCCACGAGCUGGGUGUGCCAGUCCAUGCCCUUCCCUGGGGCUUGAGCCCUGCCGUUCCUGGACAGGGCAAGCCGGUCCAUGCCACUCCCUGGCGCCCGAGCCCCGAUGCCCGUUCCCCACAUGGCAGGCCGCCCGCCCCCCCGCCCGAUGCCCGGCAAUACAUCUGCUUCGUGUGCUCCAAGCGUUUCAAGCGGGCCACGGACCUGAAGGAGCACCUGCGGGUGCACACGGGCGAGCGCCCCUUCGCCUGCGGGGUCUGCAGCAAGCGCUUCACCCAGUCCUCGGCCCUGUCCACCCACCAGCGCAUCCACACGGGCGAGCGCCCCUUCCGCUGCCCCGUCUGCCCCAAGAGCUUCAACAACGCCUCCAACUUCGCCAAGCACCGGCGGGUGCACUCGGGGGAGCGCCCCCACCGCUGCGCCCUGUGCGGAAAGAGCUUCCAGGAGCGCCGGUGGGUGGUCCGGCACCUCCGGGCCGUGCACCCGCCGCUGGGGUGAGCGCGGGGUGGGGCCCACGUCCAGGCUGGGCGACAGUCGUUGGCAUGUGGAGCAGUCGGGGAGGCCGUGGCAUGGCCAGGCGGUGGGCACUGGGCUGAGAGUGAAAAUGCCUCAGCCAAAUCCUCUGCUAGCAGAGAUCUCCCCCGCACGUACGUCCUGCCGUGGGGUGCUCUGGAGCGCGGUUGGAGGAAGUGUUCACCCGCCCAGUUUUCACCAAUUUGUUUUUCACCUUUGUGGGAUGAAUUUUUUUCCAGCCCAAAACCUCAAAAAUAACCAAAAUAACCCGCAAAACAAAUCAGUUUCCCCCCAAUUCUCCAGAGAUUACAAGCUGGAUUGAUAAAGGUCAUAGUUUUGAUAUAAUAUUUUGACUUGGUACCGCACGACAUUUUGAUUAAGAAACUAGAAUGGUGCCCAAUAAACGUGGCCCACAAUAAAUGGCUUAAAAACUGGCUAACUGAUAGAGCUCAAAAGGUAACGGUUAUUGGGGACGCAUCAUCGAGCGGGUGCGUUUCCAGCGGGGUCCCUCGGGGACCCGUUCUCGGCCCGACGCUAUUUACCGGUUUUAUCAACGGCCUGUGAGAAAACAUAAAAUCAUCGCCCAGCAAGUUUGCGGGUGAACUAAAAAUGGCAGAAGUGGCCAGUACCGAAGAGGCCAUGUCACUGAUCCAGGUCACUGAUCUGGAUCGCUUGGUAAACUGGGCGCAAGCAAAGAAGCUGCGUUUAAAUACGGCUAAAUGCCAAUAUAUCCAGCUAGGAACAGAGAUAUCGGCC